AUGUUUCUCUGGUCCCUGUGGAGCGCCGUGCUGCUUCUGACUGCUGCAGUGGAAGACCCCGACAAUGUUCGUGCAGGCUGUAGCACGGCUCAGAACGACCUGGUCUACAUCGUGGACGGCUCCUGGAGCGUUGGCCCCGAAGACUUUGAGAUCGCAAAGCAGUGGCUGGUCAACAUCACCAGUGACUUUGACAUUAGCCCCCAGAACACACAGGUGGGAGUGGUGCAGUACAGCGACACACCGCGGCUGGAGUUCUCUCUGGGCAAACACCAGGGGGCAGCAGAACUCAUCCAGGCCAUCCACGAUAUAGAGUACAUGGGAGGAAACACUCAGACAGGCAGAGCCAUCAAAUUUUCCGUGGAGCAUGUCUUUGGCUCGUCGCAGAGAGGCAGUCAGGUGAAGAACCGCAUCACGGUGGUGGUGACGGACGGAAAAUCCCAGGACGACGUGGUGGACGCCAGCGAGGAGGCCAGGGCACAAGGCAUCACCCUGUUCGCCGUGGGGGUGGGCUCAGAAACCACCACGUCAGAACUGGUCACCAUCGCCAACAAACCGUCCAGCACCUACGUCCUUUACGCCCAGGACUACGGCAACAUCGAGCGGAUCAGAGAGGCCAUGCAGCAGCGGCUCUGUGAAGAGUCCGUGUGCCCCACUCGUAUCCCAGUUCCUUCGCGGGACGAGAAAGGUUUCGAGCUGCUGCUGGGAAUGAACAUCCACCUGAAAGCUAAGAGCGUCCCGGGAUCUCUGGGCACGGAGUCGGCCUACGCCCUGAGCGCCGAGGUGGACAUCACCGAGCCCACCAAAGAGGUGUUCCCAGAAGGCCUGCCCCCGUCCUACGUGUUCGUGGCCACCGUGCGGCUGAACAGUGGAUCUAAGUGGACGUUUGACUUGUGGAGGGUUCUGUCUAAGGAUAAGGAGGUGCAGGUGGCUGUGACUCUGGGGACGCAGAACAAGACGGUGACGUUUACCACCACCAGCGUCACCCACCGGGAGCAGAGGGUCCGCUUCCCCACCGGCUUCCAAGCCCUGUUUGAUGGAAAGUGGCACCAGCUGAAAAUAGUGGUUCGGCCGAGGAAGGUCAGUGCUUUUCUCGAUGACCGACUCAUCCAGGAGCAGGAGCUGCAGCCGGUGGAACCCAUCUUCAUCAACGGAUACACACAGGUGUCCAAGAAGGGCAGGACGGAGGUCACUGUCCCGGUGGACAUCCAGAAGCUGCGUCUGUACUGUGACCCGGAGCACAGCGGGAGGGAGACGGCCUGCGAGAUCUACUCUGUGGAUGAUGAGCGGUGUCCCCUGAACCGAACGGCCCCAGAGGAUCCGGAUGACUGUAACUGUGCUCUAGGCCCCCAGGGGCCACGGGGGCCCCCUGGACGCAUGGGGUUUCGGGGCGAGAAGGGCCGGGAGGGACCCCCAGGGCCUGACGGGAAACCUGGCAAAGAUGGGAAAGUGGGACCACCUGGGAUUCCUGGAGCACAAGGGAACAAGGGGGAAACUGGGCCUCAAGGCCUCCGAGGAGAGCAGGGUCUCAAAGGGGUCCAGGGAGAUCCAGGAGAAUCAGGUGUUCCUGGGAAACCCGGUCCUGAUGGACAAAAGGGUCUUCCCGGAGAUACUGGGGAGGCGGGGCCACCUGGAGAACACGGACCAAUGGGAGACCCAGGACCUGUGGGGAAAGCUGGGGAAGUGGGACCUCCAGGUGCAAAGGGGCUGAAAGGUGACCCUGGAUCUGUCGGUCCUCCUGGACUUCGAGGGGAUCCGGGUGAGCCUGGAGCUGUGGGUGGAGCGGGUCCUUUGGGUCCCCCGGGAGACAGGGGCCAGCCCGGACCCCCGGGGGCAGCAGGAGUGCAAGGCAUGAUGGGAACCCAGGGCCCCCCAGGACCCCCUGGAGAAACUGGCCCACAAGGAGCUAUGGCUAAAGUGAGUAAGACCCUAGUGGAAAGUCUGGAGAUCCAGGUGCAGCUGGAGCUUUGGGUCUACCUGGAGAAAAGGGUUGUUUGGGGGACCCAGGGGUCCCAGGUGUGCCCGGAAGAGUGGGGCUCCCAGGCAUCAAAGGCCAUAAGGGACACGUGGGUGAAACAGGCUGCAAAGGCUCACAGGUAUCACCAGGUUUUAUUCACCAUCACCUCCUCUGCUGAGGUCAGGGACUGUGUCCUCGUCCUGCUGCGUCAGUCUGCGUCAGGCGGCGAGAGAGGCAACGAUGGAGAUCCGGGAAAUCCUGGUUUACCAGGGGACGUGGGACCCGUUGGGAGGAAAGGGGAGAGAGGUUACCCUGGGUAUGUGGGCCCUGUGGGAGCAGUGGGGGCCAAAGGAAACACAGGCCACACAGGGGUAGCAGGUCCCAGAGGUUUCCCAGGCCAGGAUGGACCCCCAGGUCAGCCAGGUCAGGCUGGACAACCUGGGUACCCAGGAAAACCGGGAAAGGCUCCGUCAGACGAUGUUCUCCUGAAGAUCUGCACCCAGGCCCUGCGCAACCAGCUGCCGGUGCUGCUGCGCUCUGUCAGUUCUCCGUACAGAUGUGCACCUUGUAUGAGUGUGAAGGGACCCGCUGGUGAUCCGGGAACACCAGGACCUAAAGGUUCUAUGGGAGCACCCGGCUACCCUGGCACUAACGGAGCUACUGGUUACCCUGGACCUCCAGGCAGGCAGGGAGAUCAAGGCCUCAAAGGUGAAACUGGACCUAAAGGACAGAAGGGCAGUAAAGGAGAAGGCCAUCAAGGCCCCCCAGGAGACCCCGGACAGCCAGGAUCACGAGGUCUGCGAGGUUUUGAUGGAACGGGGCAUCCAGGAAUACCAGGAGCCCCAGGGAAGCAGGGCCCUCCAGGAUAUCCUGGAAAACGCGGAGGUCCUGGUCUGCCAGGGAAGGCCCCUGUGCUGAGGGCCCCUGUGCUGAAGGCCCCUGUGCUGAAGGCCCCUGUGCAGAAGGCCCCUGUGCUGAAGGCCCCUGUGCUGAAGGCCCCUGUGCUGAAGGCCCCUGUGCUGAGGGCCCCUGUGCUGAGGGUCCACCAUGUGAUUGAGAGACAUUUCAUUAUAGCAGCACAUGUCCAGCUGGGAUAA